AUGGCACAAAGCUUCUCCGAGAUUCUAAAGGGCGCUUCCCUGGAUUUGGCUCCGUAUGAGGACCUAUACAAGUACUUCCACGCUCAUCCCGAGCUCUCGCUUCAGGAGAAAUCCACAUCUGAAAAAAUCACCGCCCACCUAUCCCAGUUGAGCGCUUAUAAGCUGCACACCAACAUCGGCGGCUAUGGCCUUGUCGGAAUUCUCAGAAAUGGAGACGGAAAGACGGUUCUUCUGCGGGCUGACAUGGACGCACUCCCCGUUAAAGAGCUUACGGGACUGCCCUAUGCCAGCACGGUCACUAUGCGUGAUGCCGACGGAGUCGAAAAGCCCGUGAUGCAUGCGUGCGGACAUGAUAUGCAUAUAACCUGUCUACUCGCCGCGGCCGAAACACUUGCCAGGCUUCAACAUGCAUGGCGUGGCACGUUGAUCGUCCUGUUUCAGCCCAAUGAAGAACGUGGCGGUGGUGCGCUGGCCAUGGUUGACGAUGGGCUGUAUUCCAAGAUCCCUGUCCCGGAUUACGUCCUGGGCCAGCAUGUAAUGCGUAUGCGUGCGGGCAGUGUUGGCUCACGUCCGGGAACAAUCAUGGCGGCGGCUGAUAGUAUGAAAAUCACUGUCUAUGGGCGUGGUGGACAUGGUUCUCUGCCACAUCAGACGGUCGACCCAGCCCUUCUCGCUGCCCACAUUGUCGUCCGACUCCAAAGCAUCGUGAGCAGAGAGAUUGACCCAAGCGAUCUCGGUGUCCUCACUGUUGGAAGUCUGCAGGCCGGGCAGACGGAAAACAUCAUUGCAGACCGAGCUGAAAUCGGGAUUGAUUUCCGGACCGUCAAGCUGGAGACUCGACAACAGAUUAUCUCGGCUGUCAAGCGUAUCGUCGAAGCCGAAUGCGCGGCCAGUGGCUCGCCCAAACCGCCAGUUUUCACUCCCACGCGGCGCUUCCCACCCACAGACAAUACCGAGCAGGUAGCCUCUCGGCUGGCAGCAUCCUUUGAAAGCCAUUUUGAGCACUUUGACGGGAACACGCCGAGAACGAAUGUGAGCGAGGAUUUUUCCACGUUGGCUACUUGCAAGGGCAUUCCCUGCUGUUUUUGGUUCGUUGGCACCACAGACCCCGUGCUCUGGGAUAAAGCUGUCGGGGAUGGCACCACGGAAGAAAUAGCUGGAAACCACUCGGCCCUUUUUGCGCCUGUGAUUCAGCCGACUAUGAAGGUUGGCGUGGAUGCGCUUUGUGUUGCGGCGUUGACGUUUUUGAAGUAG